UUUAUUUAGCAAGUGCAAGCCCGUCAAAACGCUAGGAAUGUGAAAUAGCGUUUUAAAUUAAUACGCUGUCCUUUAUUGCAACAUUGCUUUCGAUGCAGUAAAUUCUGUUUCAAAUCGUAUUGAGCAAGAGGAGUACCCUUUCUAGUGGAAGAAGGUACAGGGCUGAACUGGUUCCACAAUGACAGACAGACUUGUAAAAGCCAGCUGCUUCCUGGUUGUGGUGGCUGUGAUCAUGCUGCCCGGCUGCAGCCCAGAGGAGCUGCAUCGUCUCCUUCUGGUGUCUUUUGAUGGCUUCCGAUGGGAUUACCUGAAGCGGGUGCCCACGCCAAACUUCAACGCCCUGAUGGAGGAGGGCGUCAGGGUGCAGCAAGUGGAGAACACCUACAUCACAAAGACCUUCCCCAACCACUACACCAUGGUGACCGGGCUCCACGCCGAGAGUCACGGCAUUGUGGCCAAUGAGAUGUUUGACCCCGACCUCAACCUGACCUUCUCCAUGGACCGGAUGGACACCUACGACCCCAGGUGGUGGGACGAGGGCGUGCCCCUAUGGGUGACCAAUCAGAGGGCUGGGCACAGGAGCGGGGCAGCCAUGUGGCCAGGCUCCGACGUGGAGAUCCACCAGAUGUACCCGACCCAUUACUUGCCGUACAACGCCUCCAUGUCCUUCCAGGAUAGAGUCCAGAAGCUCAUUGACUGGUUCACCCAGGAGCAGCCCAUCAGCUUGGGAGUUCUGUACUGGGAAGAGCCGGAUGAGAGCGGCCAUCGGCUGGGGCCAGACAGUCCGCUCAUGAACGAGGUGAUUGCCGAUAUCGACGGGAAGCUUGGCUCUCUCCUGGGGCAGCUGAAGAAGGCGGGGAUCUACGAUGAGGUGAACCUUGUGGUCACGAGUGAUCACGGCAUGGCACAGUUGUCGACUGACAGGAUUAUCGAGCUGGAUGAUUACGUGAGCAGUGACCUGUACACCUGGAUUGAUAAGAGUCCUGUGGUUGCCGUCUUACCCAAGGAAGGCAAGUAUGAUGAGGUCUACAACGCUCUGGCCAACGCGAACCCCAACAUGACAGUGUACAAGAAGGAAGACAUUCCGGACCACUACCACUACAAGCGCAAUGACAGGAUAAUGCCCAUCAUCAUUGAAGCCAAGGAAGGGUGGACAAUAAUGCAGAAUAAAAAUGGCACCUUCAUGUUGGGUAACCAUGGUUACGACAACACCUUACCCAGCAUGCACCCUGUGUUUGUGGCCCGGGGCCCCGCCUUCCGCCGGGGCUACAGCAUGGCCUCCAUGCGCUCGGUGGACCUGUACCCGCUCAUGUGCCACAUCCUCGCCGUCCCUCCGGCUCCCAACAACGGCACCCUCGGCAGCGUGCGGGACCUCCUGAAGGAGUCCGCGCCCCCCACGGCCGCCCCACCCACUCCCGCAAGUGGGGAGUCCACCUACGCCCCUGUCCUGGGCUCUCUCCUGGGCGCCGCCCUGGUGGUUGGCUUCCUGUUCGUCUUCGUCAAGCAGGUGACGCGCAAGCAGCUGCCCUCCCUGCCCAUCGGUAACCUGGAGAUCGCACAGCCCCUUCUGCAGGAAGAGCUACAGAUCUAACUCAGGCUUUGUGAGAUACGCUGGAGCUUGUCCUAGCUUUGUGUGUGUGCUCUCCGUUCAUUUAACAACCGAACUGUUACCUGGUCAUUCCGCUCCGUUUCUUUUUUUUUUCCUUUUAAUUUCUUGAGUUGCUUAAAACUCGGUGAGGUGU